AUGAAAUCUCGAUUAAAACCACAGAAUGUGUUAUCGUUUCCAUCAGUGAAUCCCGAAGAACAAGAGUUGGCGGUAGUGUUGGCCCUCUUCUGUCCGAAACACACGAAGAUUGCCAUCAGUUGUACGACAGAAGCGAAGAAUAAGCGCUUCCUUUGGUUGCCUUUCGUUUCCGGAAAUCUCAACGAAACUCAAGAUUUCGUGGAUUUGAUUCAAAGAGGAAUUCAAGUGAUUUUCAGCGCAAAAGUGGAUUCAAAUGCAGACAACAGUCCAUCGCUUGGAAGCACUGAAAUACAGAUCAGACCCGAAGGACCGGCCGUUGAAAGAGUGGUUCAACUGAUUCUCAUCGAUGAGUCGGUCAAGUGUUGCCAAAACAAAGAGCGAAUCCAAUGGAUGUCAGAGAAAGAAAUCAAAGCAGAGAUCGGCAAAGGAGUCAAUGGAUGUCUUUGGGGUCCAGAAGUGCUUCGAGUGUUUCAAUUGGCGGUCAAACACCACAAACAGAUCGCAGAGAAGAGGGAAGACUUGGAAUUAGACGACGACUACUAUUGCGGGUAUUAUUUGCACGAAAAGAGCGACAGAUAUUCAGUGAAGACUCAGUUCUCUAAAGACGACAAUCAGUUGGUGUCUGAAGUGAACAUCACUGGAGAACAGAUCCAAAUACUUCAGACACUGUUUUACACGCAUUGCUUCCCGAGUAUAGGAAUGUCCGGCCAAUCAUUGUUCGAGUUUUUGUCACUUUUGGGCAUCAAUUCGGACAAAGAAGAGAAGGAAAACCUCUUUAAGGCCUUCAAUACAACGAACAGUGGAUUCGUUGGGUUCGACGAACUGGUGGUCGGAUUGGCAGCAAUGGAACCGCUGACAGAUCUCAAGCCAUUGGUGUCAAGGAAUCGCUUUGUAUUCAACAACUUCUGCGACAGAAAAGACAAACUCUUGAAGACUUCUUCUGUGAGGAAAAUGUUGACAAAAGUGAACACAAAAGACACUGAAAUGGAGAAGAAAUUGAAUGAUAACUACUCACUAAGCGUUUUACCUUUGUGUCGUUCGCCAAACAAUGUCUUCUCGGCGUUGAAAACAGAUCCCGAAGACGCUUACGAUUCGCUCUUUAAAGAUAUCGUCACAGAAAUGGUCACCACUUCUGCCGACAAAGACAUUCCUAGAGUUGAACACAAAGUGAAUCCCAUUUCCUAUGAGUUGUCUAAAGAUGGGAUCACUUCUUCGGGCCUUAAAUUCAAUGAAUUUGCGGACAAGUCUUUGGAAGAGAAGGAGAAGAAAGCAAUGGAUACCAAAUCAGUGGCCAAUGUCUUCAUCCAAGAGAUCAUUAGGUUUAGCAAAAGUGGAGCCAAAGGAACAGUAGAUAAACCGAAAGGUCUCAUGGAAUCAGAUCCUCAAAGAUUGGAACAAAUGCUAAAGAGUUUGUGCGAAGACGUGAAGAAAAUACUGAUGAGUGAA